AUGAGGAUCCGGCUGCAGGGUCCCGGUCACGCCGCCGGCCUUCUCACUGAGCUCAACCGCUGCCGCCAAACCCGCCUGUACUGUGAUGUUUUCCUUCAAGUUGGAAACCGGACCUUCGCGGCCCACCGGGCGGUGUUGGCCUGUGCCGGGACCUACUUCCGUAACCUGUUCACCAGAACGCCGGCCUCGUCCAGCGCCGCCUUCUCUCUGGAGUUCAUCUCGCCGGCCAACUUUGAGAAGGUGCUGACAUUCGUCUACACGGGGGAGAUCCUGACCGAUCUCAUCGACGUCGGGGUUCUGUACGAGCUGGCCGAGAUGCUGGGUGUCGGUGAGCUGGUCAGGGCCUGUCACGCCACCUUCCCCGACCUGCAGGCUUCUGUGACUGCAAAGUGUAAAUCCAACAGUCCUGGAGACCUCGGGCUGGACUCCAGCAUGGUGAGCGCAGCGUCCAGAGUGGCUGCAGCUUUCAUACCUGCGUCGUCCAUGUGUUCGUCCGCCACCUCCUGCUCCUCUCUGUCUUCAUCGGCCGGUCCGUCUGCUGCUCCGACUCCGGCUGCUCCUCCCUCGCCGGUCUUCCAGCCCAGAGGAGCCAGACUGGGCAGCGAAACCCAAACUGGAGCUCUGACUCUGGACCUGAAGGCAGAAGACGUCCAGUCUCACAUCGGCUAUGGACAGAUGGCAGAGCACCAGCUCCCAGGUCUGUUAACCAGCAGCAGCAGCCUGUCCAGUCAGAGCGAAGGGAUGCUGCCUCCUGCCCCGGUGCUCCAGCUGAAGACCGAGCAGGGCCUGGAGGCAGGAGGCAGCUGUGAGGACGCAGACGGCCGGAUGGUUUCUGAGAGCGUCAGUGGCGGUAACCCUGCACCGUCCUCCUGCUCCCUCCCAGACUCCUCGGCGCAGCUCGGAGCCGAUUCCUGCACCCCGACGUCGUCCUCGGGUGAAGCUCUCGGCGACCUGCAGGUGGCGCCGGUGGAGGAUGUUCAGAGGGACGGCAGGCUGAUAUUCGGGGAGGUGGAGGGAGGAGAGGCCGGGGGAGAGAGGGAGGCGAACGGAGCGAUGGAGGCGACGGAGGAGGAGCAGUGGAGGCAGCUGGCGGGAGACAUCAUCGAGCUGAGUGACGACGAGAACUUCAUGGAGGAGGCAGAGGAGGAGGAGGAGGACGAAGACGACCUGGUGUGUGUGGAGAACGGAGGGAAUACGAGCAGCCAGAGCGUCAGAAGCCACCUGCUGGCUCACGUCUGUCCUCAGAGCCUCACCUGCUCGGUGUGUCACCUCCCCCAGCUCUCCCUCUGCUCCCUGCUCUACCACGCCCUCACCCACCUGUCCCUGCCCGUCUUCUCCUGCCCUCACUGCGCCCGCUGCUUCGUGGAGCGCCCCCUGCUGGACCGACACAUGGCCGCGCACGCCGAGGAGGCGGCGGCGAAGGAGAGGGAGCGCUGGGCGCUGAGGGCCUUCAAGGUGGGGGCGGAGGGAGUCGGCGGAGGAGGAGGAGGAGGCGAGGCGGAGGAGCUGCACUGCUUCCUGUGUCCGCAGACCUUCAGGUCCCCGUCGGCCUUCCAGUACCACCUGGGCCUGCACUCCACCGAGUCGCUGGGCGGCGCCGGAGGAGGCGUCGGGGGUCAGGGCUGGUCGGGCAAACGCAAAGCGGAGCAGCCCCUGGAGGGAGCCUCCUGCCCCUCCUCGUCUCCGCGGGACGUAGUCAAAAUGAGCAGCCUGGGUUUAGGGGUCGGCUUCAGCUUACCCGAGAAGUUCUUCCCAGGCCCGACCCACAACCUGUUCCCUGGGGUCCGAGCCAACGGGGGCUCCGGGCAGGACGGGGCGGCGGUGGCGGCGGGGGUCCGGGUGAAGUGGUACCGGUGUCGCUACUGCGGGAAACACUUUGCCCACUCGGGGGAAUUCACCUACCACCUGCGCAUCCACACCGGGGAGAAGCCCUACCAGUGCAAGGUGUGCCUGCGCUUCUUCCGCGGCCGCUCCACCAUGAUCUGCCACCUGAAGACGCACGCCGGCGCCCUCAUGUACCGCUGCACCGUCUGCGGCCUCUUCUUCUCCACGCUCAAGCUGGUGUCGUCGCACAUGGAGCUGCACAAGGACCACCUGCCCCCGGACUUCAACAUCGAGCAGACCUUCAUGUACAACGACCACUCCAAGGAGCCGCUGGCCGCCGCCGUGGACGCCUGACAUCCGUCCUCAUGGACCACAGACUGCUCACAGCAGACCAGGGCUGCAGCUGGAGAUUACUGUUAUUACUGAUUAUAUUUUUUAAUCAAACCUUCAGUAUUUAAAUCGUCCAGAAUGUUUUUUUUAAAAACAUCCAAAGUUGCGUCUUCAAAUUUCUUCUAAAUCCAAAACCUAAAAAGUUCUUGCGUUUUAGAAGCCAGAGACUCGUCGGCAAUUUUGGAAAAUAAUUUCUAAAUAAAGAUUAUUUUUUAUUGUUUAUUUUAUUUUAUUUUUUUUACAAUUAUUUCAUUUUUAAUUUGUAAGAUUUAUUUUUUUUUAAUUCCAGUAUUUCAUCUAGAAACUGCCUCCAAAAUUCCAAAACAAAAUUAUGCAAAAAAUAGUUUCUGACUAAAGAUUUUUGUCGUUAUUGAUUAUUUUCUGGAUUUGUUAAGCCUUUAAUUUGUAAAAAAAAAAAAAAAGUAAUAAAAAAUAAAAUAAAAUAAAAAAAUUGUUACUUGAACACAAAAGUCUGCAAACGUUCACGUUGUAGAAGCUGGAACCAGAGAAUAUUUGGUGUUUCUGCAAAAUAAUUCCUGCCUAAAGAUUGUUUUCAUUGCUGAUUAUAUUUUUGAUUAUUUAUUUUUGCUUUUAAAUGUUUAAAAAUAUCCAAAUUUGCAUCUUCAAAUCACC